AUGCUUCUCUGCAAAUUCCUGCUUUCUCUUGACGUGUUCAACAGUUUCACUUCAUCAGAAAGACAACGCGAUGAUGCGUCGACGCCUCCGGCUCCGUCGACCGGGAAAAUCGUGUAUGGAACUUGGACAAAGUGGGCUGAAGCAUGCAUUAGUAACUGUGGUCUUGGAACAAGAAUUUCGAGUCGAACAUGUAAAAUAAGUUCAUCUCAAGGAAGUGGUAACAUUUGUAGUGGACCCACUCAAAAAGAAGGAACUUGCUAUGUUAACAUGUGUAAAAAUGACACUGCGGUUAUACACCCAUUUGAAGGAAUUGGGUGCUACAAAGGCAGAAAUGACAACAAUAACCGACUGCUACCUGUUGUAGCAACUAAUUUUCGUGAUGGAAUAUUAUGGGAAGAAUACAACGAUUCACUGACAGCAGUUGUUUACCGGUGUGCACUUGAUGUCCAACUUCACUAUAAAGAAUUCCAGUAUUUUGGCAUAGAAUUUUACGGUGAAUGCUAUACCAGCAACGCAACUUUACUAUCGCUACCAGAAGACAAAAAGACCGACUGUUUUAAAUCAAAGCCAAACGUGUUUGUUGGACGUGAUAAAACUAUUUUUGUGUAUAAGUUCAGUCCAGUCAAUGGUACUUGGGGGGAGUGGGGUCAGUGGAAUUUGUGCAGCAAGACAUGUGGAGCUGGCUUUAAAAAACGUACUCGUCAAUGCAACAAACCAGCACCACGUUGGGGAGGAUUAGACUGUCAAGGCUCGAGUACUAACAGAACAGCGUGUAAUACCAUCGAUUGCCCAGUGAUCGCCAAUUGGAGUGAAUGGCAAUUAUGGGGUUCGUGUAAUAAGCACUGUGGACUGGGAACCAGAACAAGGCAUCGCACAUGUAGCACAACAAAGAAACCAUGUGAUGGACACGCCCAUGAAACAGUUGAGUGCUACCUUGAAAUGUGUAAAGAACAAUCUUCAAAAAUAUUUCCGUUUCAAGGAAUUGGGUGUUUUAGCACAAAUCCCAAACAAUUAUUAGCGAAGCUGAUAUCGGCAAAGUUCCGUGACAACCUCGUGUGGCACUCGGGUGAUUCUGUGGCAGCUCCUGUGCUAAGAUGCGCUGCGUCCAUACAGAAUAAUCAUAGUCAGUAUCAGCAUUUUGGCAUCGAGUAUUACGGGGAAUGCUGGACAGGCAAUGUAACGGAGGAAUUACUGGAAAAUAAUCAAAUUGAAAUUGAUCGCUGCUACAAAGUGAAUUCGAAAGUAUACGUGGGAAAGGCAGAUACCAUGUAUAUCUACAAAUUUAAUCCAGGUAACCAGUCUCAUUCGCAGCCUCUACUUUCAGCGUCGCCCGCUUCCUGUGUAAGGACGUAAAACCAGACAAAAGUUGAGGUUG